AUGGGGUCUUUACAUUAUCCAACAGUUGAUCAAGUCAAUUCAUGGGAUCCUUACCUUAGAGUCACAUUGACAUUUUCUUCAAAGGAGGGGACAGGCAAAUCAUCUACCUUGAACUUGCGAAUGCCUAUUUGGACAGCUUCAAAUGGUGCAAAGGCAGCAUUGAAUGGUCAAAGUCCGAGUGUACCAGCUCUAGGUAUGAUCGGCCUGAGUAUGCUUCAAUUCAAGCAAUUCUUUAUGGUCCAUAUCUGCUUACGGCUCAUACCAGUGGUAACCUGGGACAUUAAAACUGGCUCAGCUAACUCCAUUGCCGACUGGAGAACUCCAAUCCCUUCUUUAUACAAUAAUUUUUUGGUUUCCUUCUCCCAAGAAUAUGGAAACUCAAAAUUUGCCAUAGCUGUUGCAAACCAAUCGAUUGCAUUGGACGUCUUUCCUGAAACUGGCACUGACGCUUCUGCUCAUACCAUUUUCAGACUCAUUUUAAACGACUUGUCCACAAAGCUCUCUACAGCGAAUGAUGCAUUUGGCAAAUCAGUCAUUCUAGAACUGUUUUAUCUUCCAGGAAAGGUUUUAGUGCAGCAAGGGAAAGACAAGAAUCUUGGGAUAGCAGAUAUGUCCAGUAGUAAGGACUCUUCAGUUUUCCAAUUGGUUCCAGGUUUGGAUGGAAAGAACACCACAGUAUCCUUCAAGUCAGAAAGCUUCAAAGGUUGCUUUGUGCAUAGUGAAAACAUUGUGGCCAGUGCAGGCAUGAAGCUCGUCUGCAGUCCAGAGUCGUCGGAUGCUGGAUUCAACCAGGCAGCCAGCUUUGUAAAAAGUAAUGGAAUAAGCCAGCAUCAUCCUAUCAGCUUUGUGGCUAAAGGAGCAACAAGGAGCUUUCUUUUAGCACCAUUGUCAAGCUUCAAUGAUGAAUCUUACACUGCUUAUCUCAACAUUACAGCCUGA